AUGGACACGGAUGUCGAAACAUUCGUAAAAUCAUGUCGAUCCUGUGUUUUGGUGUCAGCUCCAGAUCCUCCGAUACCAAUGAUCCGCAAGGAAUUGCCUUGUAGACCAUGGCAAGAUAUUGCGAUAGACUUUUUAGGUCCACUACCGAAUGGGGAGAAUCUCUUAGUUGUGGUCGAUUAUUACAGUCGUUACGUCGAAGUAUCAGAAAUGAAAAAUACUACUGUUUCAGAAACAAUAAUUGUUUUAACAAAAAUAUUCAGCACAUUUGGAUUACCAAGCACGAUUCGAGCAGAUAAUGGGCCACAAUUUAAUGCAGGAUGCGAAGAAUUCAAAUUGUUCUGUCAAGAAAAUGGAAUACAGCUCAUCAACACGAUCCCUUAUUGGCCUCAGCAAAAUGGGGAAGUAGAACGUCAGAAUCGAUCCAUCUUAAAGAGACUGCGAAUUGCAAAUGACUUAGUUCAAAAGUGGAGAAGGGUUCUGCAUCAAUAUCUUCUAUCCUAUCAUUCUACCACGCACCCCACCACUGGCAAAACACCUGCUGAACUGAUGUUCCGGAGAUGUAUCAGAAACAAACUUCCUCAAGUCCCACGUUUCUCUCACCAAGAUGAAGAAAUGCGAGAUCAAGAUCGAAUUCAAAAGGAGAAGGGGAGGAUCUACGCGGAUAAGAAAAGGAGAGCUUGUUCUAAUGACAUUCAGGAGAACGAUCGCGUACUAGUGAAGCGGUUUCGAAAAGAUAAUAAAUUGAGUACCGAGUACGAUCCUGAAGAAUACAUUGUCGAACACAGGUCAGAAGCAGAUGUUCGGGUUAAGUCAACGGCAAGCGGCAAGGUGUAUCGUCGGCAUAUAAGUCACAUCAAGAGACUACCAUCACCAGAAAGGGCGUUAGAUGUCACGAAUUCCCAGAUUAUGUCUAAGUUAAACUCACAAACUCCGAAAACAAGCGUUUCAAAUCCACAACCAAAUUCUGGAGUUGACAGUUAA